CGUCAUCGUGCUUGGUUGGAAAGUAAAUCAAAUUGAAUAAAAGCGGAAUUAUAUGGAAUAAAAAUAAUAAAAUGUCAUCUUACUUCAGUAACGACACAGACAUAUUGAUCAUCGACGCAACAUUCACAGCUGAUUUCAUUUUCGGUACAAUUUGGAUCAACUUUUGUUUAGUUUUCGUGGGAUCGGUGGCAAACGUGAUUAACUGUGUGAUUUUCUCCAAGCAUGGCUUCAAGGAUACCGUCAACAUCAGCCUCUUCGCGUUAGCGGUCUCAGACCUGUGCUCGCUCCUGCCCUUGGUGUGGCACGGUUUACUAGUCGAUCCCAGAUUUCUCGGUACGAACGUUGAUUUCAUUGGUGCCGAAGUCCAGUUUCUGUCCGCGGGAUGGCCGCACACGAUCUUCACCAAGGUGACCAGCUGGGUCACGGCGUUCAUCAUGUUCGAAAGAUGCCUCUGCAUCGCCAUACCUUUGAAAGUCAAAACGGUUCUGACGACGUCUCGUGUCAAACUUUGUCUGGUCUCGAUCUACGUCAUUGUCUUAGCCGGGGUGGUCCCAACCUACGCUACGCACAGCAUCGGUUGGAAGUUCUACCCGGAAUACAAUCGCAGCUUGGUGGGGUUGAAGCUGACCGAGAACUCAUGGGAGGUCACCAAAAUUUCCAACGUUAUUAACAACCCCUUGUCGUCGUUCAGCUCAUUUGGGUUGGUGUUGUUCUGCACCGUUAUCAUCACGAUUCAACUCAACAGGAAGACGAAAUGGCGGGAAGGAACUUCCACCACAGGGUCUGGGGACAAAGGGAGUAACUCCUCCAAAGAUCGCCGCGCGGUCAAGAUGGUCACAGUUGUCUCUGUCAUAUUUCUGGUCAGCGUGACCCCGUCCAUCAUCGUCGUUAUCGUAUCAGUGAAAGAGUUUGAAUUCACCCUGACGGGGAAGUAUAGAAAUUUAUUUUAUGUGGCUUACAGUAUUACCUUUGUGUUGGAGGCCUUAAACUCUAGUGUAAAUAUUUUGGUCUACUACAACAUGAACAGUCGGUACAGGAAAACUUUUAAGAAUAUGUUUUAUUUUAAUGGUACGAAAACGGUUUAAUUUAUGUACUGACGAAAUCUGGGUUAGGUUAUAAUUAUUUAAUUUUUUUGUAUGUAGCAUAUCACCAAGGCUUAGACCGGGAAAUUUCACCAAGAAGUUUUAGUGAUAACAUAAAAAUUGUUUGUGCAUUUUUCAUAUACAAUUUAAGGAGUUGGUUUUUAUUGAUCAUUUUAGG